GUUUUUUGUCUAUAUAUACUCUGAACCCGUGACAUGCUCUCCAUCAUAACGUGGUACUACUAGUUACUACAUACAACAUUCCCAGAAAGAAAGAGAUGGAUUCCUUGCGGAAAUGCUUCCCUAGUCUUCUUCAAGUGGUGAAGUUUCUCGUGCUGGUUUCGGCAGUGAUUUGCGUAAUUGGCAGAGUUGAGUGCAGAAAAUCAAGAAUUUUGGAGGGCUCAUCUGAUGUUUUCGAGUACUCGGCUAUAAGUUGCAGAGGACACAGUGCAUCCAUAGAGGAAUUCGGUGGAGUUGGAGAUGGAAGGACGUUGAACACUAAGGCCUUUCAGGAGGCAGUGAAUCAGUUGAGCCAAUAUGCAUCAGAGGGUGGGGCUCAAUUGUAUGUUCCUGCAGGCAAAUGGUUGACGGGAAGCUUCAAUCUCACCAGCCAUUUCACUCUUUAUCUCCACAAGGAUGCUGUUCUUCUGGCUUCUCAGGAUAUAGGUAGUUGGCCAGUUGUUGACCCCUUGCCAUCAUAUGGCCAUGGAAGAGAUGCCGCGGGAGGAAGGUACAUUAGUCUCCUGUUUGGGACAAACCUCACUGAUGUGGUGAUUACAGGUGAUAAUGGCACAAUUGAUGGCCAAGGAGCUCUUUGGUGGCAGCAGUUCCACAAGAAAAAGCUAAAAUUCACCCGACCUUAUCUAAUUGAGAUCAUGCAUUCUGAUACUGUUCAGAUAUCAAAUCUAACCCUUGUCAACUCUCCUUCCUGGAAUGUCCAUCCUGUCUACAGCAGCAAUAUAAUCAUACAAGGCAUUACUAUCACAGCUCCAAUCACUUCUCCUAACACAGAUGGAAUCAACCCAGAUUCUUGCACAAACACAAGAAUUGAGGACAGUUACAUUGUGUCUGGAGAUGACUGUAUAGCAGUCAAAAGUGGGUGGGACGAGUAUGGCAUAUCAUACGGGAUGCCAACAAAACAACUCCUCAUCAGAAGACUAACCUGCAUUUCACCCUACAGUGCCGCGAUAGCACUAGGGAGUGAAAUGUCUGGAGGAAUUCAAGAUGUCAGAGCCCAAGAUAUUGUGGCCAUCAACACAGAAUCAGGGGUCAGAAUCAAGACAGCAGUUGGUAGAGGUGGCUUCGUCAAAGACAUAUAUGUCAAAGGCAUGAAAUUGCAGACCAUGAAAUGGGUAUUUUGGAUGACUGGGAACUAUGGAUCGCACGCUGACAAUCACUAUGACCCUCAUGCAUUGCCUGCGAUACAAGGAAUCAAUUACAGGGAUGUGGUGGCUGACGAUGUGAAAAUGGCAGCAAGACUCGAGGGAAUUUCUGGGGACCCAUUCACUGGAAUAUGCAUUGCUAACGUGACCAUAGGGAUGGCACAGAAGGCGAAGAAAUAUCCAUGGACUUGUGCUGAUGUCGAAGGCAUUGCCAGUGGAGUGGUGCCUACGCCUUGUGCGUCACUGCCUGAUCAGGGUCCAGAAAAAGUUGGAAUGUGUGAUUUCCCCCAGGAGAAUCUGGAAAUUGAAAAUGUUGAGUUACGGAGCUGCUCUUACCAAAUAAGGUACUAGCAAACCUCAUCUAUCCAGUAGCUUAGCUGCUACAUUGGUUUCUUUACAUUAUCUAGAUUUCAAUGAUUUUCAUGCUCAUAGGCCAGUGACAUUCAGUUGCUCCUUCCUGUAUGAUAAGUCCGCCCCAAUAUUAUAGACGCCGAACCUGUUAAGCCCUUAAAUAUAUGCUAGCCAGAAUUCUGUAAUACUGUUCUUUUCUUUUUCUUUUUUUGUCAAAUUUAUAGCACAAUCUACCGUGAUAGACUUCUCUCAAA